CCCUUCUGCAGCAACAGGAGAAGAUUUACCUGCGCACACUUCUCACUCUCUCUCACUCGCGUGUGUGUGUGUGCCGCCCGCCCGUGCCCGCAUGCAUGCAUAGUGUUUGUAUUUGAGCAUCUGUGCAAUUGUAUUUUACGUGUACACACGCGCGACCACCAAAAGCAUCAGCGCUUUUGGAGCAAUAACAAGGUUAUCCAACAAAACUUUUUUUUACUUGAUCAUUUUUUUUGUUGCAUUUUACAAAUCCUUUCCUGCCCAGUCCACGUUCCGAUUCUUUGAUUGCAAUGAGUCAGAUGCAUUCGGAAGACUGGACGGGGAUGAAGGAACUGGCGGCUGACAGGUGCGUGCAGCACGCUGCUCAAGGCUACCCGCCACCAGUGGCUGUCGCCCCGCUCUCUCUGCUGGACACUGACCCCAGGGGUUGGCUUGCGCCCAGUUUGCAAAGCAACUGCCCGGCUCACGGCGACUACUUGGCACCUGGGCCGUCCGACGAGAUGCUACUUCUGGGACCCGGGACGGAGAUGGAGACGACGCGGCAGUGCAAGAGCCCGCAAUUGAAAGUGCGGGAGCUGUGCAAGCUGAAGGGGGUGGGUUUGCAGGAGCUGGGCUGCAGGCAACGAGCUCCGCCGAGCAGGCAUGUGAACGGCGUGCAGAAGCAGAGGAGGCUGGCGGCCAACGCCAGGGAGAGGAGGAGAAUGCACGGCUUGAACCACGCCUUCGACCAGCUCCGGAACGUCAUCCCGUCCUUCAACAACGACAAGAAGCUCUCCAAGUACGAGACCCUGCAGAUGGCGCAGAUUUACAUCAGCGCCCUGGCCGAGCUGCUGCAAGGAGGUGAAACCGGAGCCAAGGGCGAAGCUUCGUCCCGGGCUGCAAGCAACGCCUCCCCGGGCUGCAGGCGUCACUCGAACACGGCCUUCCCCGUGCAAUUCUCCUUUCAGGAAGGGGAAGAGCUGGACCUGUCUCAGGACGAGAUGGCGACCGAGGACAGCAGCAAAACGUCCCCCCGCUCUCACCGGAGUGACGGCGAGUUCUCCCCACACUCACACUACAGUGACUCCGAAGACAAUCCAAUGGACAUGGAAAGCGAGGACGAGGAACUCUCAGGACUUCAACAGCCCCCGAAUUACCAAUAAAUGCAAAAAUUGCAAGGGAAUAAGAACCUGUCUUCCAUGAUUCUUAUGUUUUCUCUAUGUUUUGCUAUGAAUGCUAAAUGCUAAUUGAAUAUUCUUGUUUUUUAAUGUAAGAAUACUAAUUUUUAUACGAAUUCCAUAUUGCUGAUGAUGUUUCUUGCAAUACACGCACUUUAUAUUAAAAAAAACUCAGCCCGGGAACUGAAACUGCCAAUUUCUAUCGUUGAAAUAUUUAAGUAGCUACGUUGCAUCACUGUGUUUUUAUAUAGAUUAUAUAUAUGGUUCCAGACGUGAUUUGUCUCCGGUCGUUCUCUGUGUCUUGGCGACUGCAAAUAUAGAAUUAUUAUUUAUUGCUAAUAAGAGUGUAUUUUUUCUCGACCGCUUAUCUCCGUUCGAUUACUUUUUGAGUGUGUUUGUGUGUGUGCGCGUGUAAAUACAAGUACUAUUUUUAAUCACGCAUAUGAUAAAAAUCAUCGUCUUAAAUGAAAAUGUUUCGUUUAAGUUUAGCAAUCUUUCCGCCACCGUUUGUGUACUGUUCCUUCGAGUUUUUUAAUGCUAAAUAAAUGAAUU